AACGAAAGUCACGUGAUGGACACGUCGGCGAUUGCACUCGAGACGUUCGAAAGGCAUUUAGGUGAGGAGUACGUUUUGCCGGAAUCAAAUGUGUUCUUGUUGAUCGACACCGCCGGUGGGUGGGAAAUAUGGGAGGGUUUCAAAGUCGGUAAAACGGAGAGAAUCCAAGUGAACAGACACGGCGUGGUGACGAGCGACGGACUUUAUUUUGAAAAAAAUGACUCCAUCUCGUUCAAGUCCAACCUACGAGGUACCACGUUGAAGGCGAUCACCGUGAUCUCGGAACCAAGCAAAUUCAAAGGGUUCUAUCCAUUUGCUGACACCGACCUAGAUACAUUCGCUCAUAUGCACUACGAUUUGAACGUGAUACUACAGGAUCAACUUAAUUUUAAAAUAGAUCUAGGUAUCGUCAAUAGUUUUGGCUGGGAUUUGGGAAACGGUUCGUUUAGUGGGCUGACGGGUCAACUGCAAAGAGGAGAAUGCGAUUUCAGCGGCAUCGGCGUAUUCAUGAGAAACGAUCGAAUGUCAGUGAUCGACUACACAGUGGGGACGUUUUAUAGACAAGGGGCGGCGUUGUUCAAACAACCGCCACUGUCCAGUGUCCACAACAUUUGCAUUCUACCGUUCAAGUUCGAAGUGUGGAUGGUGACGCUUUUCACGUUCAUCGGAUUCACGAUCCUCAUCGCUUUUUUGUCCAGGACGACCCGAACGUUCAAGAAGGACGACGAGGAGACGCUAAACGUUUUAGACUCUGUUACGAUCGUGCACGGAGCAAUUUGCCAACAAGGCUACACGGUGAAUCUGAACGCGGGGUCCAUACGGGUCGCCAUUUUCGUGCUGUUUUUGACUGCGGUGUUUCUGUUCACGUCGUACUCGGCCAGCAUCGUCGCAUUGCUCCAGUCGCCCAGCAAUUCGAUAAAGACCAUUAACGAUUUGGUGGAAUCGUCGAUGACGUUUAGCGCACAAGACAACCCGUACAACGGCGUAUACUUCGGUGAAACGGAAGAUCCACUCUUACGGAAACUUUAUGAUACGAAAAUGAAAUCUCACGGAACUCAAAAAUUUACAUUGGCUUCGACAGGCAUAGCUAGAGUUCGAACAGAGUUUCAUGCGUUUAUGAUUGAUUUCGUUUCGGCGUACAAGUUGAUUAGCCAAUUGUGGCGAGAAGAAGAAAAAUGUGGUUUAUCGGAGAUUCAACUUUUUAAGUUGCCAAUGCUAGCAUUAGCGGUGGUUAAACGGUCUGGAUACAAAGAUAUUUUAAAACAAAAAUUAAUACAGCAACAAGAGGUCGGACUUAAAAAUCGAAUCAUAAGACGGUGGGUACCCGCAAAGCCGAUGUGUGAUUCAUCAAAUCGAGCCAAUCAGUUUGUCAGCGUUUCUAUAAAAGAAAUAUACCCUAUGCUCCAGAUAUAUGGGUUUGGAUUAUGUAUUUCGAUCGUAAUACUGUUUUUUGAAAUCGUGUACAACACUUACACUUGUCAAAGUGAUGAUCCGCAUAGCAAUACAUAUUUCAGUAUUUUUCGUUUUAUGUAUAAUAAAAAAGUUCAAAGUUUGGGUCUUCGAAAUGAAUACAUGAAAAACUCUGAAAUAGGGAUUUGGUUGAAGUCUUUUUUUGGUUUGGCUUUCUUCCGUACACCGAAGUGUCUGAUGCUUUUGCAGAGCAGAUAUAAUAAGACAAAACGGAAGAAUAGAGAUUGUAUAUAUGUCGAUGGCACGUUUAAGUGUUGUCCAAUUUUUUAUCAAAUGUUUACCAUGCAUGUUUUACAUAACGGAUACUAUCUUCCCCUGACUUACUGUUUUUUGCCAGAUAAAACAGCAGUUUCCAAUGGAAAAGCUUAUUCAGCGUUGUGCGAUUACAUUGAUCCACAAGUUGUUUCCGCAAAUUUUGAAGAGGCUAUUCACGUUGCACUAAGAAAAACAUGGCCGUCGGCAUCAAACAAUCGAUUAUUCAACUUGCAAAAUGACUGGUUAUUGUUUAACCAAAAAUCAAUUUCAAAUACAAAUGAUACGUUGACAAUUGCUUCGGUUGUCUUUGAAGCAUACUUCGAUAAUUUCUACGUUUUACCAGAUUCUUGUGUGUUCUUGUUUCAAAAAAUCGGAAAUAAUGUCUGGGAGAUUUGGAGUGGUUUCCGAGCAAGUAAAUUAGAUACAAUUCGAGUUUUCAAAACCGGUUCGGCAUCAAAAUAUCACAUGGAAAUAAACGAUUCGAUUGAUUUAAGGACGAAUUUUCGGGGAGCUACUUUAAAAGCGACUACUGUGAUUUUUAAUCCGUCCGAAUUUGUCGGUUUCAAUCAGACAACGACUGCCGGCUUGGAUGUAUACACUUACAUGCAUUAUCCAAUGAUUCAAAUCUUAGCUUACCAACUGAACUUCAAUUAUACCAUUAGUAUAACCGAUGAUCACGGCUGGUCUCUCGGCAAUGGUUCUUUUUUCGGUUUAACUGGUAUUUUGCAAAGAGAAGAAAGCGAUUUUGGAGCUGCUGGAUCGCUGAUGAGACUCGACAGGAUGACAGCAGUUGAUUUUACAGUUGGAACAGUUUCUUUAGAGAGCAAUAUAUUAUUCAAACAACCUAUGUUGUCCAGUAUCACUAAUAUUCAUAUUAAACCAUUUAAAUAUGAAGUAUGGAAAAUUACCCUACUAAUGCUUAUCGGAUUCGUCUUGAUUCUUCUAUUUUUAAAUAAAUUCAAAGUAAAUCGCGGAUCAUCGUUACCUGUGCUGGACAUUAUUGGAUUAGUUCACGGUGCUAUUUGUCAACAAGGUCAUACAAUUGUCUUAAUUUUGAAUUCUAUAAAAAUUGUAGUUUUUGUAUUAUUUCUAACUACUUUCUUCCUGUUCAAUGCGUACUCAGCUUCAAUCGAAACGACCAAUGAAAUAUUGAGAAAACUUUAUGAUGUGAAAAUAAAACCAUAUAAUGAAAACAGCUCCUUCACAGAUGCCCCAAAGGGAAUUGAAAGGAUUCGCACCGAGUUUCAUGGAUUUAUGGUCGAAAAAACAUCAGCUUAUCAAAUCAUCAAUAAAAAGUGGAGAGAAGAAGAGAAAUGUGGAUUAUAUGAAAUUCAGCUGUUCAAACUACCUGUUCUGGCAAUACCAGUGGUUAAGAAAUCUGGCCACAGGGACGUAUUCAAACAAAAGUUAAUACAACAACACGAGGUUGGAAUAAGAAAACGAUUGAUUCAACGAUGGACGCCACAAAAGCCGACAUGUGACUUUAUGAAAAUAAACAGAAAAUACGUCAGUGUAUCUAUCAAAGAAAUACUUCCAACAAUAACGUUGUUCGGUUAUGGGGUGUUGAUUUCAUUUAUUGUAUUUACGAUGGAACUAGCAUAUCAUUCCUUCAAGAACUACAUCGACAAUAAAUUUAAAAAGAAA